CUCACGGUAACUAUUCAGUAUUUUAAAUUUUGAUUUUUUUAUUUGCUUUAUCAGCUUGCCUUAACUGUCACCAUCUUCAGACUAUUUUUCUGUUUUGCUAACAACAGAGGGCACCAUUAGGGUACUUGUACAGCCAAGAAGUAAUCCUGUCCCAGUCCUGGGUAGCUUUCUUGAACUACACUUUCCUCCUUCUAAGUGGUGUCAUAGAAAUUUGGAAACUAUACUAAAUUAAAGCAGCCCAAUCCCAACUAUAGGGCAAUACUGGCUUCAAGUUGUUUAUUUGAAGAAAAGAGUAAGUACUGUCAUAUUUUGAUCCUGUGUAGUUUUCAGACUUUUUCUUUCUCCUUUUUCCUAUUCUUUGCUCAAAUGAAAUCCUAUCCCGGAUCUUACUGUAUUAAUUAAAUACACUCCUUUCCUGAAGGAAGAAGAUAGAAACUGAAAGCCACAAACUGGAGCCCCACCUUUUUAUUCCUCCCCCUCCCUUCCCCCAAAAAAGCACAGCUUGAAAGUCAUUAUUACUCAUCUAAUUAAACAUGCUUUUUAAAAAUGAUUAUUUUGUGAUAUCUCAUUUAGGAAUUUAGUAUAAAAAUAGAAACAUUUUAGUUUUACAGUGAUUUUUGUGUACAAAGGAAAAUGCUCUGGAAUAAAUUCCUUGUUGUAGCAAUGAAAGAGUUAAUACACUAAGCAGAGACUGAGAUAUUGCAACGGGAUAGUGCUUUCAGUUUCUGUCACUUGUGGUUUAAGAAAAGAGGGGGUGUUCUGCAUUUGAAAGGACUUUAAUGAAUGCUGUCAGUGUUUGUGAGAGCUAAUGGUCAGUAUGGGAAAGGAGAAAGGGGGAAAGUGCUCUAGCUGCUUCAGGAUAGGUGGAUGAGAGUUUGCUCUGAUUGAAUGGAAUGUUCCACCGUGUUUCAUCGUUAUUCAUUCUCCUUUGUUCUUUAUAUUCCGCUAUAGUCGUAUAAAAGUUAAUGUAGAUAUAUAUGUGAAUGUGAUUUAUUUCCUUUCAAUCUGUUUAUUGUGCACAGCAGGGCAUAGACUUCUCUUGUCUUGGUUGGAUGCACAAAUCUGUGUGCAGUGCUUUUUGCCCGUUGCCUAGACGAUCACUUGGUUUCUCUGAGGAUGUCUGGUUCUCGUAAAGAGUUUGAUGUGAAGCAGAUUUUGAAAAUCAGAUGGAGGUGGUUUAGCCAUCAAGCAUCAUCUAAUUCUACAGUUGACAGCCAGCAGGGAGAAUUUUGGAAUCGAGGACAGACUGGAGCAAACGGUGGGAGAAAGUUUUUAGAUCCAUGUAGCCUACAAUUGCCUUUGGCUUCAAUUGGUUACCGAAGGUCCAGCCAACUGGAUUUUCAGAAUUCACCUUCUUGGCCAAUGGCAUCUACCUCUGAAGUCCCUGCAUUUGAGUUUACAGCAGAAGAUUGUGGCGGUGCACACUGGCUGGAUAGACCAGAAGUGGAUGAUGGCACUAGUGAAGAAGAAAAUGAAUCUGAUUCCAGUUCAUGCAGGACUUCCAAUAGUAGUCAGACAUUAUCAUCCUGCCAUACUAUGGAGCCAUGUUCAUCAGAUGAAUUUUUCCAAGCCCUUAAUCAUGCGGAGCAAACAUUUAAAAAGAUGGAAAACUAUUUGAGACAUAAACAGUUAUGUGAUGUAAUUCUAGUUGCUGGUGAUCGCAGAAUUCCAGCUCACAGAUUGGUGCUCUCCUCUGUCUCUGAUUAUUUUGCUGCCAUGUUUACUAAUGAUGUCAGGGAAGCAAGACAAGAGGAAAUAAAAAUGGAAGGUGUUGAACCUAAUUCACUAUGGUCCUUGAUUCAGUAUGCGUAUACAGGCCGCCUUGAAUUAAAAGAAGAUAAUAUUGAGUGCCUGCUAUCUACAGCUUGCCUUCUUCAGCUUUCACAGGUUGUAGAAGCUUGCUGUAAGUUUUUAAUGAAACAGCUUCACCCGUCCAACUGUCUUGGAAUCCGUUCUUUUGCUGAUGCCCAAGGUUGUACAGAUUUGCAUAAAGUGGCUCACAAUUAUACUAUGGAACAUUUCAUGGAAGUAAUUCGAAACCAGGAAUUUGUACUAUUACCAGCCAGCGAAAUUGCGAAGCUCUUGGCCAGCGAUGACAUGAACAUUCCUAAUGAAGAGACGAUACUGAAUGCACUUCUAACUUGGGUCCGUCAUGAUUUGGAACAGAGACGGAAAGAUCUCAGUAAACUUUUGGCUUAUAUUAGGCUACCUCUUCUUGCACCACAGUUCCUGGCAGAUAUGGAAAAUAAUGCACUUUUCCGGGAUGAUAUAGAAUGUCAGAAACUUAUUAUGGAAGCGAUGAAGUACCACUUAUUACCAGAGAGACGACCCAUGUUACAAAGCCCUCGGACAAAACCUAGAAAGUCAACGGUUGGAACACUAUUUGCAGUUGGAGGAAUGGAUUCAACAAAAGGAGCAACAAGCAUUGAAAAGUAUGAUCUUCGUACAAAUAUGUGGACUCCUGUAGCAAAUAUGAAUGGGAGGAGGCUGCAGUUUGGUGUUGCAGUGUUAGAUGACAAACUGUAUGUGGUUGGAGGAAGAGAUGGACUGAAGACUUUGAACACUGUAGAAUGCUACAACCCCAAAACAAAAACCUGGAGUGUGAUGCCUCCUAUGUCCACCCACAGGCAUGGCCUUGGUGUGGCUGUAUUGGAAGGUCCCAUGUAUGCAGUAGGAGGACAUGAUGGCUGGAGCUAUCUGAAUACAGUGGAAAGAUGGGACCCUCAGGCUCGCCAGUGGAAUUUUGUUGCCACUAUGUCCACCCCCAGAAGCACAGUAGGUGUGGCUGUACUAAGUGGAAAACUUUAUGCAGUUGGUGGUCGUGAUGGAAGUUCUUGCCUCAAAUCAGUAGAAUGUUUUGAUCCUCAUACUAAUAAAUGGACACUCUGUGCGCAAAUGUCCAAAAGGAGAGGGGGAGUCGGAGUAACUACCUGGAAUGGAUUGCUGUAUGCUAUUGGAGGACACGAUGCUCCUGCAUCCAACUUGACAUCCAGACUCUCAGACUGUGUGGAAAGAUAUGAUCCCAAAACAGAUAUGUGGACUGCAGUGGCAUCUAUGAGCAUCAGCAGAGAUGCAGUAGGGGUCUGUUUACUUGGUGAUAAAUUAUAUGCUGUUGGAGGGUAUGAUGGACAGACUUACCUUAAUACAGUGGAGGCUUAUGAUCCCCAGACAAAUGAGUGGACCCAGGUUGCUCCACUGUGUCUAGGAAGAGCUGGGGCUUGCGUCGUAACUGUCAAAUUAUAAUGUAGUGCUUUGUUUUCUAAGUGAAGAAGAUAUCCUCUUCCUUAUGAAUUUAGGAAAAUUAUCCUACCACCACUGGACACAUUUUUUAGCAAAUUCACAAUGCCACAUACCUGGGUACAAAGUGCCCAAUCUCAACGUGAAGAUGAUAAAACAAGGGAGGAAGGAGUGGAUGAACCAGGAUUAAAUCCUGCAUUUCUUAGUAAGUCAUUUCUUAGCAAAUCAUAACUACAGCUGGCGGGUGGUGAACAUACGUUCCUGGUUUAACAUAUGCAGACAAAUGCACUCCUCCUAAAUACAACACAACUGGGAAUUUCAUUUAUUAAUAACCACACUUUACUCCAUUAUCCAGAUUUCCUUUAUUAUAGUGCACAUACACCAGAUAAAACUUUUAACAUUUGCUUUGUAACUUUAUUCUACAUUAGUUGCACUAAUUUGUAUUUGUUUAACCACAACCACUAUUUUAAUGACAUACUAAAGACGAUGCUAAUACUUAGUUUUUUUCAGAAAUAGCUGUAUUAUAUAAGCUUUGAUUAUGUAUUUUAUUUCUAAAUCGGUUUAGUCUAAUGAGUGAAGAAAAACGUUAGAGCAUUAAAACAAUAAUGAGCAGAUGAAAACAAAAUGAUCUUUGGGUUCUUUUAAAAUAUUCAACCUAUUAUAUUUAGAUUCACUAAGAACCACGUGUUAUGAUAUUCUCAAAUUGGAAUAAUUGACACAUGGUGUUUUGUAUUAAAUUUAAGAUAUGCAAAUUUAUGUAGAGAAAAUAAAUGUUAUAUUCACUACAAUGUUCUUUCACCUGAGUAGUAUUUAAUUCUAUGGAUUUGUUUUCUUUUAUGUUAUAAAAGAUGUUUUGAUUUUGUCUUUUGAUAUGGACAGGUACUGUUUGGAUAUUAUGUUCUCAAGUCUGUAGUUACCAUCCUUGCUUUUGUUUCUCACAUUUUGCCACAGGUGGUAACCCUUUGUGCUUCUUUGUAAUCAAACCGUUUGAGGGGAAUGAGCUUAUCGGAUGUUGAAAAAUAAGUUUGAACUCUUUAUUA